CGGCUACAGACCAAACGUCACCUAGAAGCAGUGAAUUGCGGGACACCAAGAGUUUCAGCGGGGCAAGUUUUUGCUGCUGGUCCUGAAACGACACAGGAAAGAUGGCGGACGACCCGAGCGCAGCAGACAGGAACGUGGAAAUCUGGAAGAUUAAGAAGUUGAUCAAAAGCCUUGAAGCUGCUAGGGGGAAUGGCACCAGUAUGAUUUCCCUUAUUAUUCCCCCAAAAGACCAGAUAUCUCGAGUGGCCAAGAUGUUGGCAGAUGAAUUCGGCACCGCCUCUAACAUAAAGAGCAGAGUCAACCGGCUCUCUGUACUUGGAGCAAUCACUUCAGUACAGCAAAGACUCAAACUCUACAACAAGGUGCCUCCUAAUGGUUUGGUGGUUUACUGUGGUACCAUUGUUACAGAAGAGGGCAAAGAGAAGAAAGUCAACAUUGACUUUGAGCCUUUUAAACCCAUCAACACUUCCCUGUAUUUAUGCGAUAACAAAUUCCACACAGAGGCUCUGACUGCUCUGCUCUCGGACGACAGUAAAUUUGGUUUCAUCGUGAUUGAUGGGAGCGGGGCUCUCUUCGGAACCUUACAGGGGAACACUAGAGAGGUGUUACACAAGUUCACCGUGGACCUGCCCAAAAAACACGGAAGGGGAGGUCAGUCCGCGCUUCGAUUUGCCCGCUUGAGGAUGGAGAAGAGACACAACUACGUGCGUAAAGUAGCAGAGACGGCAGUCCAACUUUUUGUGUCCAACGACAAGGUCAACGUCGCAGGGAUGGUUCUUGCCGGGUCGGCGGACUUCAAGACGGAACUUAGCCAGUCAGACAUGUUCGACCCGAGGUUACAAGCAAAAGUGCUGAAACUGGUAGACAUUUCAUAUGGCGGAGAGAACGGAUUUAAUCAGGCCAUUGAGCUUUCUGCAGAAGUGCUGUCCAAUGUCAAAUUUAUACAGGAGAAGAAGCUAAUAGGGAGGUACUUUGAUGAGAUCAGUCAGGACACGGGAAAAUAUUGUUUUGGUGUGGAGGACACGCUCAAAGCUUUGGAGAUGGGUGCUGUGGAAAUUCUCAUCGUCUAUGAGAAUCUGGACACAAUGCGCUAUGUCCUGCGUUGCCAUGGCGUAGAGAGCAAUUCGUCAGAAAAUGAUGAAAAAACUCUGUAUUUGACACCAGAGCAAGAGAAGGACAAGUCUCACUUCAUAGACAAAGAGACGGGACAAGAGCAUGAGCUCAUAGAGAGCAUGCCGCUGCUGGAGUGGUUCGCCAACAAUUACAAAAAAUUUGGAGCAACACUAGAGAUUGUUACAGACAAGAGCCAGGAGGGGUCACAGUUUGUAAAAGGAUUUGGAGGCAUCGGAGGAAUCUUGCGGUACAGGGUGGAUUUCCAAGGUAUGGAGUACCAGGGAGAUGAUGAUGAGUUCUUUGACUUGGAUGACUACUAGGUAGUCGAGACUGACAAGCAGAAAAAAUUUCAAGCGAGAGGCUUCUCCCUCACCCAAUGGAAAAGAGAGGAAAGAAGAGGGAAUCGGAGAAGAAUUUUAAAGAUGGAAAAAGCGAAAAUCGUACAUAAAACGUAUCCCUGACUUAGAACACGGUGACUUCAUCUUUUGAUUGGAUUCGGACUCGACCAAGUUUGCUCCUCUCCACUAAUGUGUUGCAGCGGCCUGCAAGGUCACGUCCCCUCUCUGCCUGACCUGCCUCAGUGUCCUGAGACAUACUCUGAUAGGCUGUAAAAAAAAAAACAAAAAAAAAAAAUCUAUUUUCUCUAUUGUUACUCUGCUCUUACCUUUCCUUUUUCGUUUUUUACUGGCGUCUGCAGCUAUACAUUUUAUGAGUUUAUGAUAUACUUUUUU